GUUACAGCCAAGACAAAUUGUAUAAAGUGCAUUUAAAAAAAAAAUAAACCACUAAAAGAACCAAACGCAUAAAUAAAUAUAUUCACAUUUUUUAUUCGCAACGUACUACGUAAACGGAACACACCAGGCAAUAAAUUUAUUGACAAAGAAAAAAAUUUUUAAAAGUAGAGAAAUAUACAAUUUAUUUAUGAAUUUUACAAUAAUAAAUAAUAAACGCAUAAAAGGAAGUUGAAAAUAUUGUUGCUAAAAAGAGUAAAGUAAAGCUGAACUUAGUGAAAAAAAUCCCUAAAGUCGGAUUAAAGUUAAAAUUUUUUAUUUCAAUAUUUAUAGUUAAAAAAAAAAAAUUGUGUGAAUUUUAAUUGUGAAAAAAAAUCUCACUCAUACGUCAUGAAAAUCUUGCAAAAUAAAUUCAUAAUAAACCACAAAAACAGCAGAAACAACAGCAACUACAAAAACAAUUGUAUAUUGUCAGUGAUUUUUUAUAUGACCACGAACACAACGACAUCAGCAAUAGUAACAGCAGCCAUCAUGAUUUUUAUGCACGCCAUAGUUUCCGUUAACACAACAAAAACAGGCGGCCAUAUACGGCCGGACACGGAAAUAACAAAAACAAUAGCAGAAACAUGGACGAAAACAUUGUUCGAUUUAAGUAAAAAUCCCGUAAUAGCACAACAAUCACCAAAAACAUCAACAAAAACACAAACUCUACUAACAACGUCAUCAUCAUCAACAUCAGCAGCAGCAACUGCAACACCAGUAUUCUCAACAUUAAACUCCUUCCAAAUGUCACACCAAGUUGCAGCAACAAUAAGGCAACCAAAAGCCAUGAAUGCUAAAACUUCUGCAACAGCCAUCACUACCACCAACACAUCACUGGGCGAUUGCAAAUCCCUUACUGGUGCAUGGGGUGAUGUUGAUCCAAAUAUAUUCUACAUCUGUGAUACUCAAACAAAAAAGCCUCUGCAAUUACGUUGUCCCGAAGGUAAAGGCUUUUUUCUCGGUCUGGGCUAUUCGGGCUGCAUACCGUUUGAUCAAUGGCCAGCGUGCAUUUCAAGUGGACAUCUCGAACAGGUGGUAGUUUGCGAUAGCAAGCAUAUGCAACAGCCUUGGGAAUGUAUGAAUCCAAAUAAAUUUUAUGUCUGCCUAAAGGAGUCUAUUGAACCAACAAUACUGAAUUGUGAAUCAGGUAAGGGUUUCGUACAUGCCAUCGUCACAACAACAACAAGUGCCGUUAGUGGUACUCGUGAAAGUGGUGUUACUGGUGCUGGUACCACAAGUGAAAUUGUCGGCUGUGCUAAUUGGGAAAAAUGGCGCAACUAUAUGCAGUGUAAUGAUUAUUAUUAAAAAACAACAGCAUAUGCCCGUACUCCUUUCAUGUUGGUUGGUCUUCAACUAACAGAGCCAAAGAUAGUAAAAUAUAAAAAUAACACAAUAUAUAAAAUAAAGGAAAAAUUAAGUUCAUAAUACAUGCAUAAAUUCAUAUAAGAAGAAUUUCAUAAUUUGCAUAUGAAAUUUUUGCUAAAAGCCUUAAAACACACACAUACAAAAAGAAGUGUAGUUUAUAUAUGAUAUUUUUUAUAAAUUUCCGAAAGCAAAGAUAAUUUAAUCAAACUUUAGUAUUUGGUUUUUAUACAAAAAAUAAUUGUGAAAAUUUAGUUAAAAAAUGUUCCCAACAAAAGUUAGGUCGUUCAAUUUAAAUUUUUACAAAAAAAAAUGGUUUUUUCCAAAAUUUUCUACAUACUGUAAAUUUUAAAGUUCAUGCAAAAUUAAGGAACAUAAAUCUAAUAAAAACUUCAUAAAGUAAACACUAGGGUGGAUGGAAAAAAUGAAUGUGAUUGAAUCACAUUCACAAGUUUUGUCCGUCUGUCUGUUGAAAUAUAUGUUCUGAAGACCUCUAAAAUCUUCUCUCAGACAUUCUUUCAAUUAGUUUUUUAUAUAAAAUCAAGAAAAUUUGUCUAUUAGUAACAAAAAUAUGAACAAAAUUGCGGAACAAUCCAUUAUAAUAUUGGAAAAAAAUUAUGAAAGUUUGUCAUUUCAUAGCAAAGCACAAUGAAAACAACAACAACUUGCAACUUCAUUAUACCCUACACCACAUUAGUGAGGAGGGUAUAUUGGGUUUGUGCUGAUGUUUGUAACGCACAAUAAUACUGGUCCUAUACUCACAUUAAUGUUUACCAAUCGGCAUAGAGUCAUUUUCUUAUUUAGCUAUGUCCGUCUGUCUGUCCGUCUGUCUGUCUGUCUGUCUGUCCAUGUAAACCUUGAAAUCAAACUACAGGUCGCAAUUUUGAAGAUAAUUCGAUGAAAAUUGGUACAUUAUUAUCUUCUAUAAUAUCAGGGACAAAGCCUAUUGAAAAUGCUUAUGAUCGGUUCUUUACUUCACCUAGCCCCCAUACAACUGAACCGCCGAAUA